UCAUUAGCUACACUAGAACUCCAUCUUUAGCUAACUGUUGUUUCAUUUAAAUUAUGUUUUUAUCUUUUAUGUUGAUUGUCGUGAGGCCACAGUUUGACAGGCUUCACCGAGACGUUUGGUUUCUUCUUGAACUCAAACCCACUGGGGGCGCUAUAGGACAUGGUAGUCUUAUGUAAAAGAUGUGGUGAUAUGGAAGGAGGAGGAGAAGAACAAGAAGAGGAGGAAAAGUGUAGUGAAGCACAGGAUGUGUCUCCACAGGUAGUUACUUUAUUUUUCUACAGAUGCAGGACUCAACAAAUAUUCACCAGCAGACCAAACUCCACAGAGACAGACCACAGGUAGGAGAAAGUUCUGGGAUUACUGCAGUACUGGAAUACUGCUGAUACCACAUUAUAAACGGGAGAUAUUAUCAAGAGGAGCUACGAAACAAACUGAAAGCAAAACUUUCAACUGUCUUGACUGAUCCUGUCGGGCCGAUUCCUGUCUUCCUGCUGUGUUUCGAGUUUCACUCAGAGACAAAUGUUUUCUCAGUCAGAAGAGGAUCUCUCCUGUCCAAUCUGUCAGGACAUCUUUAAAGAUCCUGUUGUCCUGUCGUGCAGCCACAGCUUCUGCAAAGACUGUCUGCAGGCCUGGUGGAGAGAGAAACCUGUGCAGGAGUGUCCAGUUUGUAAGGAAAUACCUUUGACGAGUGAUCCACCUCGUAACCUGGCAUUAAAGAACCUGUGUGAGACCUUCUUACUGAAGAGAGAUCAGAGGGCUUCAGUAAAGUCUGAGGUUCUCUGCAGUCUGCACUCUGAGAAACUCAAACUCUUCUGUCUGGACCACCUGCAACCAGUGUGUGUCAUCUGCAGAGAUUCUGAAACACACACCAACCACAGAUUCAGACCAGUUGGUGAAGCUGCACAGGAUUACAGAAAGACGCUCCAAAAAAGCCUGAAGCCUUUACAGGAGAAACUGAAGGUCUUUGAACGUGUUAAAGGAAACUGUGAUCAAACAGCAGAACACAUUAAAGUCCAGGGCCAACACACAGAGAGGCAGAUUAAGGAGCAGUUUAAGAAGCUUCACCAGUUUCUGCAAGAGGAAGAGGAGGCCAGGAUCACUACUCUGAGGAAGGAAGAGGAGCAGAAGAGUCAGAUGAUGAAGGAGAAGACUGAGGCUCUGAGCAGAGAGAUAGCAGCUCUUUCAGACACAAUCAGAACCACAGAGGACGAGCUGAGAGCUGAAGACGUCUCAUUCCUACAGAACUACAAGGCAGCAGUGAAAAGAGUCCAGCAGCGCCCCCUGCUGGAUGAUCCAGAGCUCAUCUCAGGAGCUCUGAUAGACGUGGCCAAACACCUGGGCAACCUGACCUUCAACAUCUGGAACAAGAUGAGGGAGAUGGUCUCCUACACUCCUGUGAUUCUGGAUCCAAACACUGCUCAUCCAGAACUCAUCCUGUCUGAAGAUCUGACCAGUGUGAGACAUGGAGAGAAACAGAAGCUUCCUGAAAACCCAGAGAGGUUUGAGCUUCAUGGUGUUGUCCUGGGCUCUGAGGGUUUUAACUCAGGGACUCACUGCUGGGAUGCUGAGGUUGUGGAUGAACAAUAUUGGGCUCUGGGAGUGAUGCAGGAGUCUGUCCAGAGAAAGGAAAAAAUACUGACUGGAUUCUGGGAAAUUUGUCUCUCCGAUGGAAAAUACACAGCAGAGUCUCCACCACUUCCAUCUAAAGUUCUCCCAGUGAAAAACCUUAAGAAGAUCAGAGUUUGUCUGGACUUUGACAAAAGAAAACUGUCAUUUUAUGAUCUCGAUGCAAACACACACAUACACACCUUCAAACACACUUUCAGUGACAGGGUGUUUCCAUACAUUGGUACGAAUAAAAAACUUUCAAUGAAGAUAUUACCAGUGACAGUCUCUGUAACAGUGGAACAGCCGACUGUGUCAAAAGGCUUCUGGUCUGGUUUGCGGUCUUAGUUCGACAUGCUAUAUAUAGUUAUUGUCAGGUUAAGAAAAGUCAUCUUUUGGCAUCUAAACUUGUUGGAAACAAAAAUCUUUUAUGAAAUGUGAAAUUGCUUGAACAUUUUGUCCAUACAUCCAAAGGUGUUCAGCACAGGACAAAUGUCUGUAACUGAAUGAACAUCCUGGAUAUUUCCUGUUCUUCUGCAUUCACAACAUGAUCACACAAUACGUCACAAACGAUGUGGAGUUGACAGCAGAGCAGCUUGCUGGGUGUUACUGUGUGUUUUGAAUUGUUUUAAAUAGAUUUUUUUCCUUCAAUCUUUGGAAGUGAAAGCAAAAUCAUUCUCAGUGUUGGUGGAUGCUGGAAUUGUUUUUGCAUUUUGUUUAUGAAUUUGUGAUUUUGUUAAAAAAAAAAAAACAACUUAAAGUACAUUAAACUUUUAGAGUUGCAGCAAUUUGCCAACCAUUUUGUUAAUCAAUUAAUCUUUUUAAAGUGAAAAUGUUAAACCCUCCCCAGUUUCCGCUUUUCAUUUAUGAGAAUUUGCUGCUGCCAAAAUGAAGCUAAUAGCAGCCAGUCCAAUACAUUGUGGAUGACUGCCUAAAUGAUACAACAUAUGUGUCGAUUUUCUUCUUCAGCUAAUUCUAAAUGACAUCAAGUCUCACCUGUGUAGGAAAGAAUAAAUAAUAUUUAACAAAUAAGUGAAUAUCACCACAGCCAUGUAUGAACAAAAUCAGUGGCAGCCCUGAUGCAUUUCAACAAAAGUGGGCCGACUACAGAUAAUUAAAUAAAUCAGAAAACACACACUCAUGUUAGUGGUG